UUGAAAUAUGGACGCUCCGUGCUGUCGUAAGAUGUGACGAAGAAACCAUAUUGUGAAUAACAGUGAAAGAAACAUGUUUUGCAUUUGACUGACGGCUUUCUCAGAUUCACUUAUUUAUUAUCAUGAAACUAUCCAAUGUAUUUCCCUGUACUUGGAUGUAGUUUAGACAAUGGAAGUUACAAGCAGGGAUCUACCCCCGGCUUUCAGAAAACUGAGACAGAUUUCCCUUUGAGUUAUUGAUAGACAAUGGCUGAACACCAAGAACAGCCAGAGACACCACCAGAACCAAAGACGAUAGCAACUGUGAAGUCUUUCGAGCAGCUGUACAGCCUGAUCUCUAGUGGUGAUGCCAAAACUGUCAUUGAGUACCUAGAUCACAACCAUAUCACACCAGAAACAUACACAUCACUUGUGCAAGAUCGUUAUUACUCACAGCUAAGAUAUUCUCCGGUGGCCACGGCAGCCAGAACUGGACAACUUGACAUCAUGAAGGCCCUUAUUGCUCAUGGGUUCAACCCAGAGGAAACAAGUAGAAACCUUACUGGGAAGAAUGAGUACCCAAUUCAUCUUGCAUGUGCUGCAAACCAGAUAGCUGUAGUGAAAUCUUUGAUUGAAGAUUAUGGUGUUUGUGUUGAUACCAGGGACUCGGGUGACUCAACUCCCAUGUUCUGGGCAAUAUUGACGGAAAAUAUGGAUAUGUUGAAACUAUUGGUAGAUGCAGGUGCUGAUGUAAACAGCACAUUUCAUGACACCAUGACACCCCUACUCUUUGCAGCGUUCAUGAUAAAUUCAUUAAUGUGUGAAUACCUCAUGGAAAAUGGUGCAAAUGUUAAUGACACUGGUGACUGUGGUAACACUCCUCUUUGUCUGUCUGUCAGGUGUGUGAGCACCUCUCGCGUUCUGAUUGAUGCUGGGGCAGAUAUCGAUCAUAUCAACAGUCAAGGUGACACCCCACUUAUUCUAGCCAGCAAGAGGAACUACAGGAACACUGUAGAACUGUUAGGCUCUCGAGGAGCAUGUGCUGACAUUCAGGACAAGGAAGGACGCACAGCUUUGCAUCAUGCUGUGGACAGAGAUCAUAACAAGAUUGCAGAGUAUCUCAUUGGACACCUUAAUGUUCAGUUGGAUGUGCUGGACAAUUUAGGAAGGACUGCUUUCUAUAUGGCAUUUUUUCAAAGAAAUGCUGAACUGGUUGAACUCUUAAUCCAGGCAGGAGCUGACCCUGGCAAAGAAGAUAUAGUGUAUGAGGACGAUCCAGGAGACAAGGAGCAUCCAGUCUGGUAUGCAGUGGUGAAAGACUGUAGGCGUAUUGGAAGAAAUUCAAGGACACUUCAGCACCUGUGUAGAUUCAAAGUUAGGAGCAUGUUUGGUAGGGAUAUCAACACAGCUAUCAAGACUCUGCCUCUGCCACAGACUGUUAAGGAUGACCUUGCAUUGCUUUAUUACAUAGGUCAUUGAUUCAUUAAAUGUACUUCAUGGA